CGCAAACAAGGAGAUAUAUGCUACUAUAAAGAAGGAAGGGGGCAAAAUUGACAGCCGAUCAAAACUAUCUUCCCGGAACGAAUCCCUGUCGUCGAAAGGGAUAUUUGUGUUUCCUUUGUGAAGAAAGUAGAAGUCGAAUAUGAUCUAGCUGCAUCGAUACCAUAUCAAGAAUUUCUAAACAUUGGAAAGAGUAAAUUACUGGAAGUACUGAUCUAUUUCCAAUUCAGGCACUGAUAGAUGGAUACAGAUCACAGAAAAUAUGGAAGAGGAACAAGAGAACUUACAGGUGCUGUGGACCUUGUGAGUUACUACAAAUUGUUUCCUCACCAUGAUUAUUUCUGCAAGAGGUCACUUCCCACAUCAAUUUCGGACACAUGCUACCUUUACAAUGCUGUCGGAAAUGCAGAAAUUAGAAAAGGAGAAGGGAUGCAGUUCAAUGAGCUCAUUCUAAAUAAAUCCACAUCUCGGGAAACUAAUAGAUGCAUACGGCCUUUUGAACUGGAUAUUCUUGGGGAAGCAUUUCAUCUGAGGGAUGCAAACCCAGUUGAUCUUCCCCCAUUGGAGAAAGGUAUUCCAACUGCUGCUGCCAAACCAAAACAUGAUCAGCCUAAAGACAAGAAGAAGAAACAUAAAAAGCACAAGGACCAUUACAAAAACAAGGAAAAAGAGCGCACAAAACAUAAACGUAAAAUGAAAGAUCGAAGCGAAGACAAAGACAGGGGUGCGAAAAGUGAUCAAAAUAUCCAUCAUGCAAAGAAGAGAAAACACAUUGGAGAUGACGGCAGCUGUGUCCAGAGGCCGAAGAAGAGUCGGCACCUGAGUUCCAUGGCAGAUGAAAAUGGUGCAAAUAGGUUGCACUCAAAAAGAGAUGCUGCAUUUUAGUUCAGUCAUCAGAUAAUGAGGUUAAGAAUGCAGUGAUUCUUCAGAAGUAGGACCCCAAAGUAUUUUUCAGAAUUUCAUCCAAACGCCUUUUUUAUACAUUUAUUUUAAGCUUUCUUUAUUCCGUAACUUUUAUAGAGUAUGGUUCGGAGUAUGAUUUUUUAUAACAAAAUAUCACAUUAAUGUGUCUCAAAUAUCUUACAAUAUUUUUAAAAUAUGAAAUAAUUAAAUAUUCUUAAUCUUUACUUCACACUUUAUUCUAUAAAAUCACUCGUAUCAAAGUCAAAUAUUGCUUGAUAUUUGAGAGAGGAGUACUAUCUUAAAAUUUUCCAAAAAUUCCAUAACUCCUUGUCUAAAUGGAGCCACUGUUCUAAAUCUUAUAAAAAUGUCAGUUACUAUAAUUGUAGU